AAUAAGUUGUUCUCUACAACAGCACUGUUUAAACUUACAGGAGGACAUUUGUGUUUCAGGUGUCACAGUGAGCACCGUGGUGGAUCUGCAGAAGAGAAUUAUUGGAGGUCAAGAGUGUGGACCUUACAAUGUGAGGUUGGAUAUAACUAAUGGUAAGGACUGGGACAUGUGUGGUGGCUCUCUGAUCAAUAACCAGUGGAUUCUGACUGCAGCACACUGCCAGAUACCAGGACGGACUAUAUAUGCAAAUUUCGAACAAGGAGGAGAAAACCAAAUGACAAUCAAAUCAGAACCCGUUGUCUUUAAGGACAGCAGCAACAGGACUCAUGACAUCAUGCUGCUGAAGCUACCUAACCCUACUCAGGUUCAACCUGUACCACUUCCUGACUGUAACAAUCGUCCCAGAGUAAAUGAUGCAGUUCAGAUUGCAGGUUAUGGAGCAGAUACUGUAGGCCCUGAUAAUAGAAGAGUACCUGGGAGAGCUAAUACCCUCCAAUGUGCAGUCACCACGGUUGUCGACUGUCAGAAGCUGAGAGAGCUGAGGCCACACAGACUGCAUCAACACUGGUUCUGUGGCCAAAGGGCUGGAGUGGAUAAAAGUAAAGGCGACACUGGUGGAGGAGUGGUGUACAAAGGCAAGAUCUACGGUGUCAUUGCAUUCACUGAUGACACGGAUUUUGCCUUUCAAGAACCAGCUGGAUUUGUGGACGUCUGUGAAUACAUCCGGUGGAUCAAAGGUGUCAUUAGGAGACAGUAAAGAUGUCAACAGACAUUUCACAUAAGAAAAAAGUUGAGUUACCCUAAAUUUGCAAUUGAUACAUUUACGAUUGAUUGGUUUAAUUUAAGCUAUUAUUCUUGAUACCCUUUAAGACAAACCUUAAAUUCUGAUUAUAUAACAUGAAUUUAGUUUCACAAGCUAGUGUCUAAGUUUACACAUUCUUGCUGUCAGACUGUUAUGGUUAGAAAAUAUCUAAAUUCAGAUAAAGACAAUUAGACAUAUCCCUUAUAUAAAUUUAAUAUAGUAUUAGUAUUAUUAGUUUAAUAUAGUAUUUUGCCUGUUAGUACACUCAUUGAGUCAUUGUGUGAAAACACUACAAAGGGCCAAUUAUAAUAAGGUCUGAUAUUCAUUUAAAAAUACUGGUAACAGUGAUAAAUAUGACAGUUCUUUCACAUGUUGUGUCUGUUGAAAUAAAAUUAAAG